AAGACACAUGAACUACUUGUGCGAAGCACCCUAUGGGGAAAUGAAGUUUACUUUCAUUGUGUGCCCGAGGGAGUUCCUAUCGCUUAUAAUUUUACGGGGUGGAACAUUUAUUUUUCAUCCAAGGGAAAGUUUUCCCCGGCAUUUUUACUUGCAUGAAAUUUCCCCCACCUUGCGGGGUUCCACAGAACGGCUUUGCCAAUUAUUUUCAUGCGCUCGUCCAGUUCAUUGCGUGACAAUCACCUGACGUCACACUGUCCUACUGCCUCCCGCUAGUUUUAUCGUGCCACGAAAGAAGCAGCAACUUUAAGAGCUCUCGAUCGACCGAAUCCAAAGGCCAUGGGCGUCGUCGCAUCGCACUGUUCUUAACCACAGCCUAUCUCCCAGCCGGCAUCCCGCGAGGUCGUUUAUCUCUGACGGCCGAUGAUUGCUAAGCAACCUUAUCAGCCGCAAUUGCGGGUCCGCACACAGACAAGCCCGCUCUUCCAAAAUGGACCCCGCUUCGAAGUAACCGCCAGGCUGCCGUCGCCGCCGCAUUGGUUCCGGAAAUGCGCUGGUGUGUUCGUGUUCCGCUGCUGCUCGUCGCCUCGUGCUUGUGUGGCUCUGUGGUGGCCCAAGGUAACGUCGUACUUCGUCGCAACGGUUACACGGGCGUCACCAUUGCCGUCUCACCGAGGAUAUCGCAAGCAAGUCUGCCUGACGACUUUGCGCACACCGUCGCCGAACUCGUCGAGUUGGCAUCGAAGAAAGUGUACCAAGAGCUGGGUCCAGGCCGUGCCUUUUUCCAAGAGGUGACUCUGCUCGUUCCCAGUUCACUCAGCGCUUCGACCAUCGUCGACAGCAACCGCAGCAGUCACGACUAUAAAAUCACGGUGAGCUCCAGGCCCAGCUUCAGCUCAUCGCACUUCGUGAUCGAGCCCGACAAAGGCGCCCUUUUCGGUGAGCACCCGUACACCCUGCAGUAUGGCUCGUGUGGUGUCCAAGGCCUGCGAACGGUGCUGCCUUUCUCCUCUGUCGUCAAGAUCGACGGCGAAGCGAUGGCCGCGGAAUGGCUCCGUCUCAGGUACGGCGUCUUCAGCGAAGAGCUUGUGCCGGAUGACCCUCUGUACUCGCCCGAGGCGGCCGUCACGAAGCAGGCCGUUCUUUGUGAAACGCGAAGCGCUCGGGACGUGAUUUACCAGUCUGAUGAUUUUCGUGGUGUCAAUCUAAGGGGCGAAUCUCCCUACGAGCGCGCCAAGUUGAAUAUCGUCCAAGAGGCUCCGCUGCACCUAGUCGUCGUCUGGAAUGUCGAAUCGAGAGAUCUGUCCACUCCCACGCCGUACGCGACGACACUCACUGCGCUCAGGAAGUUUGCUCAGACACUGGUCCCAGAGCGCUCGAUGAUGGCGUUGGUGGCCUACAGUACGAGCGUGUUUUAUGCCGACAGUGGGCUCAUUGACAUGAAUACCAAGGAACAGAGAGAACAGUUCGCCAAAAGCUAUCCGACAUCUCGUCGUGUCACUUCAACUCUUGAGCGGGCAGUUGUCAAGGCUUUGGAACUCCUGGGCGCAAAUGCACAAGAAUGGACAGGACUACAGGGCUCUAUUCUUUUAAUAUCUCACGACGAAAUUCGUUUUGAGGACCUCAACGCUGCCAGGAAAACGUUGGCCGGUAAACAAGUCAGAGUUAACGCUCUGCUUCUUUCUAAAAGCGGCGCUGAAAACAACGUUGAAAAGCUCUGCUCUGAAUACGAUGGCAACGUGUUUUUAGCCCAGUCUUACAAGAAAAGAGCGCUGGCUUACACGCAGCAGACGAACGCAAUCGCUGCUUUGGCAUUCAGCAAGACAUCUUACGCGGAGACUAAGGCCCCGAUAAUCUUGAAACAGAAAGUAAUAGACCCAGUUCAACAAGGUGAGGAAACUACUGAGGUAUUUUAUGUUGACUCACAAGGCAUGAUGACGCUUGGAGUGGACAUCGUAUUCGAGGAAGCAGAUGAAGCGUCUUAUUAUACAAACUACAUUGUACUCCAUUCACCGACAGAUAAGGUUUAUGAUGUAGACAGCCCAGAACUAACAGCUCAGCCGUUUAAUGUCCAGCAAUUCAAGAUACAGAAUGCUUCUGCCGGUCAGUGGACGUUGCGGAUUAAGCCUGAGACUUCUAUGCCCAAUCCAGUGAAGCUUGAAGUUUGGCUUCAGACGUCUUCGAUUGCCGAUCCGCCAGUUACGAUCAGUGCCUGGCUUAGCUCCGAAUUUUCGAAUGUAGACCCUUCGAAGCCGUUUCUAAUUUACGCCGAAGUUCGGAAAGGCUCAAACCCUAUUCGAUUCGUUAGUGUCACUGCAACAGUGGUCGAUCCAGAGGGAAACCUGACUGAAUUACUUCUUGUGGACAACGGGGCGGGGAUCCCCGACAUCACCGCUGGAGACGGUAUCUAUAGCCGAUACUUCACUGGAUUUUCUAAGAAGGGUCUAUAUACCUUGUCAGUGCGUGCCGAAGGGUCCGAUCAGAGCGUCAUAGUCGGUGGCGCCGCGUGGAACGAAGCGUCGACAUCACCGCCAGCUCAGUGCUGUGGAAGUCAGUUUCCAAAAGAAGGGUCAGUGUUGUCGGGACCGUUCUUGCGUUAUUUCGAAUACGGAUCGUUCUUCAGCAUCGCUGACAGGCCUCGAGGUGACAUAUACCCGCCAAGUCGCGUUACCGACCUGACAGCGAGCCGCGUCGGCGAUCGUGUUACACUCGAAUGGACUGCACCGGGAAACGACUACGAUCACGGUACGGCAAAGAGCUACGAAAUCAGAUUUUUUGACACCGCCGUAGACUUCACGCAGCUGUUUGAAACGUCCGGAAAGAAAAUCGAGGAAUACGAUAUCGACAAUCUUGCUCACUCGCCGAAACCCUUCGGCGAACGCGAAACGUGCGCGUUCAAUUUUAACCACGGUGAUCGCGGUGGGAGCUACUACUUCGCUAUCCGGGCCGACGACGAUUCGAACAAGGGUCCCGUGUCCAAUGUGGUGGAAGUGACUUUCCCGGCGCCUACACCUCCCGCGGUUGUUCCAGGAGGAGAUGGCACGCAAGACACAAUCGUAACCGGUACGGAGACCAACGACCGCAAUUACCUGAGGGGUGGUUUGACGUCCCUUCAGCUUGCCUUAGCCAUCGUGCUUCCACUGCUGUUUCUGUUGAUUCUGAUCAUCAUCAUCGUGCUGGUCGUGUGCUUUAGGAGACGAGGAAAACCGAGCAAGGGGGGCUCGCAAGAAGGUUCGCCGCCGCCACCGCCCACGAGGGCGCGGCCCAUCAUCUCGGCUCCCAUCGCACAGAACGGUUCGACGACUCCAAAGAAGGAGGACAGUGACGACAAAGCGAGCCCGUACGCGACGUCGCUCUUCAACGGCAGCAGCAUCAGCCCCAUUAACUCCUACUCGGCCGACUACCUAUUGGACCAAUAUGAACACGAGAAAGCCAAGAAGGCGCCACAAAAUGGAACCCGGAGGACGCCGUCGGCUCCGCAGCGCGCUGACCUGUCCUCCUCUUCAGGUGCACCCUCGGAAGACCAGUCUUAUCGUCCGGCACAGGUAUGGACGACGCCGCAGGGCAGGGACGAUCGGGACGACAUCGGCCUGCCGGCCGUAAAGCCGUACGUGACCAAACUGAGUCCCGUGCAGAGCCCGCCGUGUGACCCAGGAUCGCGUCGCUUGCCUCCAGACUUCUCGACUGUGCCCAGGAGACAGACGUUUGUGUAACUGCGAAGGAGCGAGGCGUGGGAGCCUACAAGUGCGUUUUUACAAGUGCUACGGGCUUCUGUGUAGUGGUUCGGCCCCUCAACCGCGUUCUGCCCGUGCGAGCUUUGUCGGUCUGAAAGCAGACGAACGGUUUUGUUGUGAGGGGAAGGUGGCAUACAUAUACUGCACAGUGUGUGUAGCUGCAACUUUCGAUAAGACAAGAGGCCGGUUCCGGCACACUUGAGUGACAAUCGCGUGUGUCCUUGUUUACAGCUUGAGAAAGUAGUUUUGCAUUGCUUGUGCAGCUGCCCUAACAGUUCUCUUCCUAAACAGAGAAUCCCUAAAGCAUGUGAGUACUAUCGGCGUCAGAUGAAACGCGAACAGAGGAGCGCGUGGCAGAAGCAUAACUGAAGGUAUAGUGCGCGUCGUCCUGUCCUCACCAUUGACAGGCGCGCACAUCCGGUUUGACCGCACUGCGAGGUGAUGGUGCCAUUACUGCUUCUUUUCGUUUCUGUUCUGGUUCUCUUUUACUUGAAGGCUAGAAAAUAAAAAUCGAAGAAUGCAGAUACUAAAAUAUCGCAGAAUAGGGCGAGUAUUAUCGCACAGUGCGGUGAAACCGUAAGUGCUAUCGGUUUCAAGUGAAACGCGAACAGCGGUGCGCGUGGUACGGUUCGCGCCAUCAUCAUAACUGCGCCAGUAUCUUUUCUUGCUUGGAGCUAAAAGAGAACCAGAACAGGGGGAAACGAAAAGGGGGAGCAUAACCUCGCAGUGCGGUCAAACCGGAUGUACGCGCCUGUCAAUGGACUGGACGAUGCGCACUGUACCAACUGUACCUUCCGUUAUGCUUCGGCCACGCGCUUUGUUGUUCGCGUUUCAUUUGACGACGAUAGUACAUGCUCCAUUUUACCGACGAUUUAAUUCACCUUCGACAUGAGCCUGUAAGGAAAGUUAAGCAGCCUCCCAUUUUUUUUUUAACUUCACAACAGUAUAGAUGCUUCCUCCGACGAAUGUUUCCGUUGCUGAUUUGCUUGAACUUGCACGUCACCUUUCCUAUCGUGCCCGCGAGUGCGUGGUGUUGGUCACUCGAACAGAUGUACAAAAUAGUAUCGUCUAUUUUUUGUUUUAGUAUUGCACUGCGUUUUACAUUGCCAAGAUUUUUACUCUUUGUAAAUACACUCAUAAGCUGACACUGCAUUGUUUUAUUGUGUUCACUGUAAUGCGAUCAUAGCUAGAAAUUUUUUAGCGUCAUUGCGUGUGUGGUGUUUUCACCGUAUGAAUGCUGCGAGAACCAAAUUCAAGAGAAGCCAAGAGACAACGUCGCGUUCUUCCCAUACCUGCAUGUAGUUUUUAUAUGCUCAGUUUCUUGUUUGCGGUAAACGCAUCUAGCUGCUUGUAGUCCGUCGUAUGAAAUGUGUGAAACGAAAGCUGAAUAAAACAAUUUAUUCAGCGAAUAACAGGACAUGUAUCUCGCUUGGUGCUGGCAAUUUUCAUUAUCUCUUUCGUGAAUCAUCUCGCAAAAGCAUCAAAGCUUUACUGAAUCGCCUUUGUUGAACUGUGUGUGUUCCUGAGAUUAUGCUGUUCUAAUGCGAAAUUUCGCGUUCGUUUGAGUACGAGUACAACGCGAAAUAUCGCUGAAGCUGUUUCGUCCUUAUCGAUUUAAAUCACUUCCCAUAUCCCUCUCAGAAGUUUAUGUCGAGUUUAAUCUCGGAAAUGUCGAGAUUACUGUAUAAACGUCCUUUAUAUGUAUCGUUCAAUAGUACUUGCUUGUGCGUGCAAGAUGUCGUUAAGGGAACAAUAAACCUCGCUGUUGCACACGUCUCCUUAAUUUUCGGCAGCUUCGUAGCCACAAACCGUGGCAGUCGCUGUUCGUAGAGCGUAAACGGCUGUCUAGCUCAUAUUAUUGUUCCUUGAACUCAUAGCGGGUUGAGGGUGUCGAUUCGGCCACGUGGUCGAAUGAUGACGUAGUGACCACUUCACCAAAAUACCUGCGCGCGCAUCAGCAUUGCUGAAAGCCAGCUCACUGUUCUGCUUUAGAAAAGAGAAGAACUUGGGCGGAACAUGCGUUAUAUAAUUUUUUUCUCCUUUAUCUGUAAAACGUCCUGUGCCAGACACCUUACGCCAUGUGGCCUGCCUUUUUUCGGCAAGGCUGCCAGCCGCGCUCAACAUUAGCUUUUAUCCGGACUUCGUUACUCCUUUAUUGCUAACGUAAUCUCAUAGAAAGGCCAGAAUCUUGGCGGUGGCCUUCUUCUUGAAGGAUGUCGGCCCACUGUAACACUGGUGGAAGUAAAAAACUACUAUCCCUACCUCGUGUAGCUCUCUACUAAUUUGCUAUCGCAACUAAUGCUUCGCCUUUCGGG